CCAGACGUGGUCUUUAAAUUUCAUUUGUUAUAAUAACAAUAAAAUUAUUUCAAAGAUCACAAAAGUGACAAAACGCGUCAUGGUCUAUGGGUUUUAGAUACGAUCAUGUCAAGCGUUUUAAGGAAAAAAUACGACGAUUUAAAGUCGGAAAACACGACGGUUAUGUCCGAGGAGAUAGAUCAUGAUUCUAAAAAUGACGAAAAUUUUGCAUCGGAGGAGAAACCACAGCCAAAAAGACGGCUACUGGUGUUUGCUGUUCAUUUCUGCAACGUGUUGUAUUCGUCAUGUUUCUGGAUUAAUAUCGGUGUCUAUCCAUAUAUAACCAAAUCUCUCGGGAUCGAUAUGGUCACCUAUGGGUAUCUGCAAACAGUGUUUGGUGCCCUCCAGUUGCUUGGUGGACCAAUCUAUGGACGUCUGGGUGAUAUGUUUGGAAGCAGAGCUGUACUUAUGUUAGCACAUUCUUGUGGAUUUUUCAUUUAUUUUCUUCUUGCAAUCGCUAGCAGUCCCGCCAUGCUGUUCCUCGCACGGGUGCCUGGGAUAUUCAUGCAUGGUGCUCAAGGUGCCCAGAUGGUCAUGACAGAUUUGACAAGCCACAAAGAAAGAGCAGUUGCAUUGGGUCAGCUUGGAUUUUCCUAUGGAGCAGGAGUAAUUUUGGGACCAUUUAUUGGUGGACAAAUUUCAAAAUAUUUCUCUAAAAAUGCUGCUCUGAUGUCAGCUGCAUUUUUAUCUGUGUUUGCUGUGGGAUUUGUCAUGAUGUUCAUACCAAAAUUCACAAGGCAAAAAACAGAGUCAAAUCCUAAGCAGCAAGCCUCCCCUGUGUCCUUGUUUGAUGUGAAAAGAAUCAAAGAGCUGAUGCUAAUUCCAGGUGUAGGAUUGAUCUACGUAAUGAAACUAAUAUCUGGACUACCAUUUGGUAUAUUUCAAUCAAUGUUCUCCUUAGUCGUUGUAAACACAUUCGGCCUGACUCCAGCUCAGCAUGGGAUGUUUAUGUCCUACAUUGGAUCACUCAUGAUUCUUGUGCAAGGUUUUGGUGUGGGUUUUGUUACGAAGCGAAUGAACGAAAAAAAUACUUUGGUCCUGGCAAUGAUUUUAUGCUCUUUCGGUUAUGUUCUUUUGUUCUUCAGCUCUCGCGCGCUGCAUCUCUGUGUGAUGGUCGUACCUCUUGUUUUUGGUGGUGCAUUGUUUGGCGUGAUCACCAACUCCAUUCUAACCAAACUAGUCCCAGCAGAAGACACGGGCUUUGCCCUUGGCAUCUCCUUUGCCACCCACGCUCUCAUACGGACAAUCGCCCCAACGGUCGGCGGAAUCCUUCUUCAUCGCUUCGGGUACACGUCGUUUGGAACCGUAGGAUUUGUAGUUUGUUUAGGCACGGCACUGUUCUUGUUUUUAAAACAAAACAUACAGACCGAAUCGUGACAAUUUUAUUCAAAUGUAAUUUAGACUCAUUUUUAUGUACAAUUUGUGGCAAUAAAUUAAUGACAAU